AUGGCUGAAGUCGCCCCUCUCGCCACCGCGCAUGCACAUGCACGAAAGGCAGCCGAGGCCACAGAGCAGGCUGACUUGGCUCGGGCUGGAGACGAGCAUCAGCAUGCAGCCACCAACUACGCCAGGACAGCGCGAGCAUCUAGCGAUUCAGAGGCGUUACGUGUGUUGAAGCUUCUCGAAGAGCAACAUCUGAAGCUGGCAGAGCUCAUCAAGUCUCCUGACCUAUACGGCCAGACUGAUCGAACAGAUCACAGCGGUACCACUACCAGCAAAGACGCCGCUUUGGCCGUCUCACGACAUGACUUUGCGAAUGCCAAGAAUCAAGCAGCGACUUCAUCAUCGUCGAAGCCGGGCUUGACGACAACGGCCCUCGCUGCAGCUAGACUCGGCAGUCAGGCACGCGACUCUUCUCCUUCCCUGGCACGAGAGAUUGCGUCGAGACGCGGUAUUCCUUCGUCCAACAGGAAUCCUCCUUCAGCAGCGGCACAGGCUCGAGCACGACAGCUGUCCCCAGAGUCUCUCCGUCGCAGUCGCCCUUCUUCAGCUCCAAAGAUACCGCCAUCUGUCGUGGACAGCCAGAACUUGCAACGAGCAGAGAGAAGUGCCAAGAAGCUUGAGGAUGACGAUGGCUUCACCAAGUUUUACAGCAAUUUGACUACCGGCACCAUGUCGAAGCUGUCUUCUGUCCUGGCGUAUGCAGGGCUACCACUAACAGCAGACGACGUCCAAAUUGAUCAGAGCAAGCAGAAUCUGGACAAGCGCACUGUCAGGGCACACAACGAUCCUGAUGUGAAAAAGAUCUACUCCAAGGCAGCGCUGGAUGCGAUCGAAGACGAGCAUCGAAAACGUGGUGCUCAAGGCGGUGUCUUUGGGCCCGCAGAGAGCUUCUAUGUUGUGCAGACUGGCGGCGGUACUUAUUCUUACGCAGACAUCGCCAAGGCGCAGCAGCAGCAACUUGGUGGCAUCGAUGAGGAUGACGAAGAGGCGUUCGUGGACGCACGGGAAGCGCAGGCACCUUCAUCUCCACGACACAGUCGAUUGUCAAGUAAACAGCGGAAUGCGUUCGGAAAAUCUAGGACGCAUGAAGAGCUGGAGCUUGAGAACUCGACCUUGAAGGUGACACUGGAACAGCUCGCUACCCGCCUAGCUGAAUUCGAGGCUCAUGCUCAAGAUGCUUCGAUGGCAGCUUUGACCCAGAGCAUGGCAAGCUUGCACGCCCAAACCCCUCCCGGCAGGCCGGAUCCUGCUGUGUUCGAUCGGCUGAAGCAGCUUGAGCGGCAGCUCGAAGAGCAGGCAGAGGAGCGACAGAAACUUCAAACUCUGGCGGCGAAACAGGACAGAUCUCUCAAACAGUAUAAGGCUAAGUGGGAGGACAUCAAGAAGAGCGCCAAGGAAAAGGAGAAGGCCAAGAGGGAGAAGUCUGAGGCUGAAGCGCAGAAUCUGCCGGCGGCACUAGCAGAGGACAGUGAAUUCACUCAAGGCUGA